CCCGUGACAAAGAUGGCUGCGGCAGUUGUCGAGCCUAGGCUCUCUUACCCGACGAGUUCCUACGUCAGCACCUCGCGUCUGAAAAGAUCUGGCAAGAGGGGAGCGCCGUCCACAUGAGCCGACUCGGACCGCGCGGAGGGAGGAAAAUGGUUGAGAAGCCAGAGGGUUUGAGCAUAGCUCAGCAGGUAGAGAGCCUAGAAGACAAGUUGACCCUUUGCAGGCAAGCCUUGGAAGAGGUGGAUUUUAAGCUACGCAGAGAAGAACUAACAUCUGCACGAAGAGAGUCACUGGAAAAAGAGAAAAACAUGCUAGAAACCAAAGCCGAAAUUUAUGGUUUUGCUGCGUGCCAUUGUCCAGGGCUCUUUGAAGAAAACCAAGAAGAUUAAAUCAAAAACAAAAGAGAAAGAGACACAUCAAAAUUUCUAAUUGUAUUGUUCCUUUGUACCAUUCUCAGCAAAAGACUUAACAUAUAAACGAUUGUUUGGCUAAUACAGUAUAAGAACAUCAAAAUAGACAAACAGGUAAUUUCCAUGGAACAGCAACCACACAAUAAUCACAUAGAGGAAAUCUGUAGGAACUAUCCAUGCAUGCACAGGACCAACUAGGAUGCAAUGUUUAUGCUAACAAAGAAUUCUGUUGAACUGCAGGUAGUCCUCAAAUUAUGACAAGUCAUUUAACAACUGUUUAAAAUUAUGACAGUCUAGGAAAGGCUAUUGUAAAAUGUCACGCUGUCCCAUUAUCCACACCCCAAUGUGAUCAUAGUCUGGUUGUUUGGUAACUUAUUCACUCUUACAACCAGAUGCCAAGUGCCCCGCAAUCAUGUGAUUGCCAUCUGCAAUCUUCUCUGCUGGCUUCCUUUCUCAAAUGGGUAACUUGUAUAUUUCACAAUGAUUACCAUUUCAAAAAAUAAAAUAAUUCUAUUCACAGAGAGGAUGGUGGACAAAAAGAUUUCAGUUCAACCAUAGCAAAAUUGGCUGUAAGUUUCAGGCCCCCUGACCCCAAGAAUUCCUUGUUUUUAAUCCUGGGUAGAAUUGCUUGCAUGCAGAUAGAACUGCUUUACCACUGGAGCACUCUCUUGUAUCCAUUCAUGGAUCAGGAGUUUCUAAUCACAAUUACUCAUACUUUGGUCACCUUCCAUUUGGACUACUACAAUGCACUCUACAUGGGGUUGCCCUUGAAAGCCACCCAGAACAAUUGGUCCAGUGCAGCAAUGUAAGUAGUUGUAAGUUUGGUAUGCUCAUAUAAUACCACUACUUUGUGAGCUGCGCUGACUUUCCAUAAACUUCCAAGAUGCUGAUUAUUGUCCGUAAUACCUUUCAUAGCACAGGAUCAGGUUAUCUACAAGAUUGCCCAUCUCCAGUUAUCUCUGCCACUCCCAACAGAUCGAAUAGAAUAAGCAUACUUUGGGUCCCUUAUACAAAACAAAGUUAUCUAGUACAACCUAGCAGACAUGCCUUGACUCUUCGCCAGGUAUUGCCAGUUGAUUAGUUAGCAUUCAAUUUUUUUUCAUAUAUAAUAACUACCCAUUGUAAGUUGACCGGAGUAGCUCAGUAAAUUGGUGGCCUUAUAAAUCAAAUAAAUAUUGUUAAAAGAGACUUAGGAUAAAAUCAUUGGAGUGACUCAAAAUAUAAUUAAAAUGUGCUGGGAGGAACAUCUUAUACUUCCAAAUACUUCAAGAAUUAAGUGUACUGUAUUUUUUUAAAUUCAUAAGUAACCCUGCUUUGAACUAAAAAGGUUGUGAGGUGGUUUUGUGCUAGUUGUUAAUGAUGGCUGGUAAGGAACACAAAUAGCAUAUAAAGAAGCUAAUUACAGCAAUCUUCUUUCAGCAUUUUAAAGUUCUUUUCAAGAAAACAAACAGAAGAAUCCAACAAGCUCUCCUUUGGCCCCUACCAUUUUCUAUGCGUUUUCUACCACCUCAGCUAGGAAGAAGAGAUUAAAACAUAACAAGGGGGCAACAAAUCAAGAAGGAAAAAAAAUCUUUGUUUUUUCUCAUUCUACAAAGAAAUAAUAAUAAAAAGUGUCCUUACUUAAUUUUCUCAACAUCCCCCCCCACACACACACACACACAAAAGUGACAUUGACCCAACUACAGUACUUAAAUUCCAGGCCUUAGGCUUAACUAUUAUAUCAGAUAUGGCUAG